UGCCUUGGCCAAUAAUUCGAUUUUCUCACUGGCACGUAUACUUGGACAGUUGCAGUUGUCUGAUUGAGCAGCAUAGUCGAACUAUGGCUGUAAUCCGACAAAGCUGUGCAUGCAAACAUACUGAUUGUCAUUGUAUUGUUCUGUUUGAAUACAGCUCAAGAGGACAGAUUCCUAUUAUUAUGGGUCCUACCUGAGUUUUCAUAAGACUACUCCUCCUCUGAUUGGCUUGCAUUGACUCAAACUUUAUGUUUUAGUAACAAUCCGACCUCUUCACACCGACACACCAACCUGUCCAGUCUCCCUGCCGGUCUUCUGUCGUUGCCGUCGCGGUCACUCAUCCUCCAGAGCUGCUCUUCACCACAAGAGCGUCUCAUAGGUUCUUCAGGGGGAGCAAACAGGCCCCAGGGCUACCUGCUGCUGGGUUGCCGUGCCGCUGCUUCGCCACCCUGUCUAUCACUCUGCUUCACCUAAGGCUGCAGCUGCAACAGCCAGAUGUUAGCAUGUUUACCUGCGGGAAAACUAUGGUUCACAAUCUGCUGUGUCAGUUCCGCCGCUGGCUGUUUGUUUUUACAAACCAACCAAGAGAAAAAAACAUAUCGUCCCAUCAACAACAGACAACCACUGAACAUACAGUUAGGAAAUAAUAAUGUGUCAGUUGAGCUGACAGAGAUUUCUGUGGCCCUGGUACUUGAAUCAUACAUUGCAAAAAACAAUUCGUGGCUACUUUUUGCACAAGGUCAUAGUUAGCUACUUUCAUGUACCUCUUGUAAAAAAGUAAAAACAAAUUGUAUACAGAUAAUGUAUUAAUGAAGGACAUCGUUCGUGUCGUCUUUUUCUUUAUUUUUUAAAUAGAUAUUGUAUAGUGGACUAUUUAUUGUGGCAUCAUAGUACCGUGAGCCUUUAGUAUCAUUACAUCCCAAGUAUAAUCGUCUAAAACUAUCAAUUGUUGUGUGAUUGUUAGCUUACAAUGAGCCUUUUAUAUUUACAGAGGGAGUGGGUCCAUUGUGUUUACGGUCUGUAGGUUAUCCUACAUUAAGCAACAAUAUGUGACCUUUAUACCUUAAAGAAGGUCUCUAUAUAUAGGAUGAAUAAUGCCACUUAGCCACUUUUCUGCAUUAUGUAGACACAACAUAACAAAUAACAUGACCUGAUGAGUUUUGUUUGUAGUUAGUGCCUUUAUUACCUUUACAUACAUUGCUGUUUUGCUGCUGCCACACUUGUGUCCCUCUUGGAGAGCAACAUCACCCAGUGUUACCCUGACGGGAGGUGAACAUACACAGACAGAGUGUAUUAAAUCCAACCAUAGAAAAACAAUCAGAUUGGGCGUUAACAUGGUUAAUAGGUGCUAAUGUUUCCUUAUUGAUGGAUAAUCAAAGGUUCACGCCAGGUUUAACCCUCCUGAUCUGAUAGAACACAUCCUGUGUAGUCUGAAUGUGCUGCUGCUGGUGCUCUGCUAUCUAGCUGCUUUUGCUACACAGGCUAUAUAGACAUGGCAUUUGUCUGGUUUACUCAUUACUGUUAGCCACAGGGUUGUUCUGUCUCAAGUUCUUGGAGACUGCAAAGUUAGAUAUUUUCACAUCCUACCAAUUGGCGCUUUAAUUGUUGUUGUGAACAUUUUGCACCUUGCACAUUCUGAUUAAAGCCCAGUUUGCGACUUUUAUUCCCUCUAGCGGCUUCCAUACUAUAAUUGUGCUCAUUGUGUAACAUAUCAGAUAAUGUUGAGCACAAAGCAACAUCUGUUCUCACAGGAAAUGGCUGAUUUUAAGCAGACUUUUCAAAACUUCAGAACUCCUUUUCAAGAGUUUUUCAUUGUAUCUUAAGAGUUCACACAUGCAGGCACGCACACACACACACACACACCUUCUCUCUUUUAUACACAAACACACUCAUUCUGACAGUGCGUCUGUUUUCUACCCAGGCCACGUUCUCCUGUGCUGCAGAUCUGCCUGCCUGACAACUCUGAUAACACCAGGCUGCAAAACCUAGAGCCGCACAAAUCAUCUCACUACUCGUCCACACGCACGAGAUUACUCUGCGGUGCCAGCGUGCGAGCGCCUCAGUACCUCGUGCUGAUUUGGGGACUGCAGCAACGGAGACAAAAGGCGGUAGAGGGGAAUAGAGAGGACGGGAGGCAGAAAAACACAGGAAUAACCCGGCAAAAGAGCUUGGAGAAUCCGAAGAGACAGCAUGUUGAUUCAUGCUGAGUUUAAGAGACAAACCUGACUGCGGAGGACACAGAGGCAGACAGAUAGACGGAGAGAGAUAAAGAUUUUUUGCUCACGGGCUGAAAAAAAGGCUGAGACGCUCACCUGCAGCCGGGCAGGUUGGAAAAUUGGGAGACAGUCAAGAGUUCAGUUGUCUGACCAUGGCUGUGGGCCUGCUGCUGGGAGGAUAGAGUUCAGUGCACUGAAACUUCUUAAGCCUUGAUGCAUCCUCUUCUAACCUGAGCACCAUCCCAACUCUCAACAUAAAAAAAAGAUUCCAUCUCAUUUUUAUGUGCUCCUCCCCCUCUUAUCCACCACUAUCACUCCACAAGUCCUGUGCACUGAGCAGUAGCAAGCCUUUCAAAAGACCGUACAGACUGGUAAACUGGUCAGCAGUGUUCUUAGAGAACUGAAGGUGACUGUGCGACAGUCGUAUGACAGACAGUUAACUUUUAUUCCCGCACAUGGACUGUUGAUGAAGAAUGAUGGCAAUGAGAUUGGCAGGCACUGCCCCUUCCUCUUGGCCACCCUCCCUCCCCCCAGCAGCCUCGGCUCGGACCGGUUAAGGUUUGUCCAUUGGCAUCCAUCGUAGCAUCGGCAGCAGCUGGCAGAGCGCGGGAAGGAGCAGUAUGCAGGAAACUGACUUACCAGCCACAAAUGCCUUUAAAGAGUGCAAGUUCCACUGCACCAAUGGGAAUUGUUUGCGUCUGGGCUCGCUGAUCUGCAACCAGCUGAAUAACUGUGGGGACAACAGCGAUGAGGAAAACUGCCCUGUGGUCACCCAGCACCCUCCGCCGGGCAUCUUCAACUCUGAACUGGAGUUUGUUCAGAUUGUCAUCAUCAUUGUGGUGAUGACAGUGAUGGUGGUGGUGAUCAUCUGCCUGCUCAACCACUACAAACUCUCCACUUGGUCCUUCAUAACAAGGCAAAGCCAGGCCCGUGGACAUGACCAUGCCCUGCAGCAGGAUGGGUGCCUGUGGCCUUCAGACAGCGGCUCUCGACAAGGUGCCUCGGAGGUAUUAUAUGCUCCCCAGGCCAGGGAUCGCUUCACCGCUCCCUCCUUCAUGCAGCGUGACCGCUUCAGCCGCUUCCAGCCCACCUACCCCUACCUGCAGCAUCAGAUCGACCUGCCACCCACCAUCUCGCUGUCGGACGGUGAGGAGCCCCCGCCAUACCAGGGACCCUGCACCCUGCAGCUCCGCGACCCCGAACAGCAGAUGGAGCUCAACCGCGAGUCGGUGAGGGCGCCGCCCAACCGGACCAUCUACGACAGUGACUUGAUUGACAUGGGAGGAGGUGGGAGCCUGGGAGGGGUGGGGGUGGGAGGGGGUGGAAUCGGAGGAGGCGGCCCGAAGCCGCCGAGCAGUAACUCGGGCAUCAGUGCAGCCAACUCCAGCAGCCACGGGCGCAUGGAGGGCCCCCCGCCAGCGUACAGCGAGGUGAUGGGUCACUACCCUGGCUCAGCAUUCUUUCUACACCAGCACAGCAAUAACCAGAGGGUGGGGGGGCCGGGGAGCAGGACGAUCCAGCAGCAGAGCCAAUCAGAAAGCACAAUAGUACCUGCCAAGGCCAAGGACGGCCAGCCAGAGGACCUGGUGUGAAGAAAAGAUUAGGGGGGCAGGUGGGGCCACCCACCCCAGACUUCAAACUGUCUCUCCUCUUCAACCCCAAUCACCUGUAAGCAGUGGAUUCUAUCGCUCUCUGUCUCUCUGUCUCUCAUGUCCUCUCUCCACACUCCCAUGCACAAAUAAAUAUCAACCUUAGCUACAACAAAACAAGGAAAGAGAGGAAGCAAGAGUUGAUUUAAUUUCAGUUUCUUUGCGAUGUUAGAAUUUUUAAACCGCUAGCACUGCUGGCAGGAUGUAUGCACUGCGUGGAGAGUUUUUAUUUCCUCUUCAUGAGGAAGAAACACACAGAUUGAAACAAUUUGCUUUUUUUCUCCCCUCGGGUGACGGUUCUGUCCCCUGGGAACUGAGGACAGUGUUUUUCUUCUUCUUUUUUUUUUCCGGACCAGGAUCUGUGCACAAAGAGAGACCUGAGAAUCAAGGACUUACAGAGAACACAACAAAACAAGAUACUCACAAACCCAAAUCUUAGUGCCAAGGUUCACGAGGAAGCAAAGCAAAGGGGGGGAAUGACUUGUACUAACAUUUACACAAAACAAACACAAAAAAGAAAAGUUAUCUAAAAGUUGCACUAUCUUUUUGUUGUAAAAGAAAAGAGGGAUUAUGCUAUGUGAUGAUAAUAAUUAUGAUGUGUUUGUUUUUCUUUCUUUUUUUUUCUUCUUUUUCAUGAAUGGACUGACUGACUGAACUUUGGCUCCAAAGUUGUUAAAACAGUUGGGAGCAAAAAAAAACAAAAACAAACAAGUAUUAUAAGCUUAUAUCCCUCCUUUUUUUGAGAACCACAAGAAAUACUCGUACCCAGCCUACAACUUCUGUCUGCUUACACCACAGGCACAGUGAGACUUAGUGAGAGAGGAACCUUGCCUACAUUUGUGUACACUUCAGUGGGGAAGAUAUCAGCCUCAUGACCGGCCGCUGGGUGGACGAAACAUGUCUUACUUCCUCUGGUUUGUUUGUUUGUUACAAGAUUUGAAGAUGGCUUUCCCAAACCAGAGCUGUUCCUAAACUCGUAGAAAGACGAGAGCUGCUCGGCAAGAUCCGACAUGCUCCAUUCAGACAUUUCUAGGAAAUCUGGCCCGCUGGUUGAUAUCAAGUUAACCAAGAAUAACACGGCUCCAUUUAAAAAAAACAAAAACAAAAUAACAUAUCGAACAGUCCAUCCAUCAGCCUGGUCACAGCAGAUUCUUCACUUUCACCUCUGUCCUGACCUCUGAGUAACUGACACUUCCUCUUUCCUGUUUCCUGCGUGCCCCCCACCCCCAUCCUCUUACCGCUCAUCUCGACAUGCACAGUGCAUUCUGCCAACAGCCACACUGAACACGAACCCCUGCCACCAUGACAAUGAAAACACAACACAAAAAAAAGAGGCUUGGCUCUACAUCUUCAUGUCUCUAAAGCCACACACACAAAAAAAAAAAACAAGACAACACAAAGUGAAGAUUCCUGUCUGUAUCCGCCAGCACAGCGAUCAGGUUUUAAAUGAGAACUGUCUGUGGUUGAAGUCAAAGGGCUAUGGGAGGGUCCUUUUUGUAAAAGAAAACCUUUUUGAAAAAUCAAGCCUUUUUCUCUGCUCAUCGUUGCCUUCUCCUCUGCUCUUGCGCUUUCUCUGUCUCUCUAUCUUGUUUGCGUUCAACACCAGUGCCCCCCCCCCACCUUUACCCUAACCCAGCUUUUUAACAAUGUUUCUCGUAAACACUGUACAUCAUCCCUCCUUCCAUCUGCGUGCAGAAAAAGUGUGUUCAAAUGAUGCAGAGUCCGCCAAGCCCUUUAAAGUGGAGACUGGAGUGGAGCCCUUGUUUGGCAGUGUGCUAGUGCAGUCCUGUCCCCCGUGUGUGUGCGUGUGUGUGUGUGUGUUGGUUCGACCUUUUAACAAUCUGAAAGUACUUAAUGCUCCAUUGUGUGUUUGUCUGCAUGUCUGUGUUUAUCUGAAUGAUUUAUUAACCGACUGCUUUGUCUAAACUUAGAGAUUCAAGGACAUAUUAUUUGACACUGUCUAUAAUAGCACAUGAUCGAUGAAGCUUUCAUUAAAGCGAGAUGCUUAUUAUCUUGGUGAAGAGUCUUGAGAAAAGUGCGUGCAACAGUCCUGCCCCACCGGUUCCAUUAAAGUCGCACAAGGAGAACUCUGCCUUUCUUGACCAUAGUGAAACAGCAGAUUCACACACCAUGGCCCAGUUUUAGAAAGCAUACUGAUUCUCAGCAGGUUUUGCGUGUAGUGUAAAAUGGCAUAUUCUCAAAAAAGUCAGUAUGCUGUGAGAGAAGCGAAGUCCCUCCCCUUCUGGUCGACCACCAUGGGACUGUAUUUCAGAAAAAAAUUGGUAUGGUAGCGAAUGACGAGAGACGCAUACAUAUAUGAAAUACAUUUUUGAUCCCAUUUGGAUUGUGAAUUACACACGUGAUGUUUGUUCAUUUCAGAGAUGAGACACAGAAAGAUGCAGUUCUGCUUAAAAAGUAUAAGACUGAAAAUACAUAAUUAGAAAGACUAUACACCCAACAGUCACUCACAAAAACCCAUGACUGAAAGUCUGUAGAGCUGGUCCCGUAUACACGGCAGCUCACAGAACUGACUAACUCCCCUUUUACGUGUCCAAUAUGACCAGAUUUAUGGUCAUUUUCAACUUUUUAAAUACUUUCUCUGUGGCGAAGUGACAGCCAUGUUGGUUUUACAAGCAGACAGUGUAGUUCUAAAUGGUUUUUACCAUCUCUAUGGCUGUGACUUUUCUGACCUGCAGAAUGAUCUUUUAAAUUGUCCAACAACAUGUUCAUGGCACGAUGUAAUUAAGAUCACAUGUGAUUUUUGACUCUCACCUCUGACCAAUGUACAAGUCUUUUUUCUGAAAUAAGGUCCCAUGGGGAACAUCAAAAAGGGCGGGGCCUCUGCUCUCCAUGCCAUGCACACAGGAAAUGGAGGAGCUGCUAACAGCUGAAAAUUCAAGCCAAAUGGAUGGAUGGUAGUGAGACAGCUCAUUGUAGAUCUGAGCAAAUAGAAUAUGUGCAAAAUCUUUGGAAAACAACUCACAAAAUAGUGAGUUUUAUUUUUAAGAAACACUCAACACAUCUCCUCAAAACAGCUAUGAAAUUGAAACACGUGUACUUUUUACGCUCUAAUCCAGUGGGUUGAAUCGCUGUCCCUCACACAUAAGAACAUUUGGUUAUCUACCGAUGCUAGUUGCAGCCCGAGUGUGAAGUGAAUUUGAAGGCAUCACGUGAGACAAAUCCAGCCUCUUACUGAGCUGGAUCCCAGUUGAGACAUUAAACUUGGAGCCUGGACUUGCUCCUGUAGGUCGAAGGAGAACUUCAUUCCCCUCCUUGUGCAUGUAGAGCUCACCUUUGAUUUCACAGCGUUCAGAUGUCGCGAAGGCAGAGGUGAAGCCUCCUGCUUUCUGUUAGCAUCAGUGUGUUUGAAUGUAUGCAUGUGUCCCAGUGUGUCCAUCUGGCUCUACAGUCGUGUAUGUGUGUGUUACUACAUCGCUGCUGCUAUUGCUGUUGCUGCUGCUGCUGCUACUAUUGUUGCUACUGCUGCUUCUCAUGCCCCCCACAAAACCCGAGCCCCCACCCCCCAAACUGUCCCCUCAGCUCAUGCACAACUAGAAGGAGAGAAAUCUGACCCCCUGCAGUCAAAAACACAAGUGUUGAGACACAGCGUGGUCUUCUUUCCUGCAGGACUGCAUAUUAAGACAUUUUGUUUCACAGAAAUCUAGUGAGUCCAUUGUCCCAACACUUCUGCCUGUGACUGCACAGACCUGCUUCAGAACCCGCUUUUUUCCCCUCCUUUUCUUCCUUCUUUUUGUUUUGUUUCUUUUUUUCUUGCCUUGCUCUGUCUGCGCAGUCAUAGCUUGUAAAUUGAGGAUAUAAAGAUGAAUUUUAUGUUUUCUACAAGGAGGUUUGCAUGUUACUAUUAUGUGAGUAAAUAAGGUGCCUAAUGUUCAUGUUUGAGCAGACCACACCUCAGUCCAACUGCUGCUUGGAAUCCUUACAGGCACCUUAUCUGGGACCUGACCGCCUGUCUGGCAGAAUGGAACCCAAAUACGUGAGAAAAGGUUUGCCAAAAAAGAUCAGCUCUGUCUUUUUGUAAAGUAAAGUUCAAGACCCACUUGAAACUAUACAUUUGGUGUAGCAAAACACCUGCUGCCUCUCCAAACUGCAGCUCAACCUUGACCGUUUUUUCUCGCCCUGUGAGCUCUGGUCACGACCUGUGCACCGGCAUUGUCUGUGAGCGUUCUGGCUCCCAUUCCGCCAGACAGAAGCGAUGUCUCCCGGCCAAGCGCCUGUAGCCAUCCCAACCAGUAAUUUGACCAGCGUGUGGAGCAGACAUAGGAACCCACUUGCACUCAAAAAGCUCCCACCUUCGUUGUGCCUCACUUCCAACGGUGCUUUUUUCAGUAGUCUGUCUUUCUUUAUGUUUGUUUGUAAGGUGCUGUAUAUAACUUGAAUAUAUUAUGCACAUAUCCUACCCAAUGGGUAGAAACCACAAAAAAAUGUUGUGAAUAAUGUAAUAUAAUGUAUAGACAAUAUAAGAAUUUUAAGAAGGCAGCAUCAAAUUUGUAAAUGCCUACAGUUAAAAAUGUGCUUUGUCUUUUUUUAUGAGAAAACAUGGUUUGCAAAGUAUGCUUACAAUAUGGUUUUGCAACACAAAUACAAAUUACUACUUAUAAUAUUUUGCUAUAAAUAAUAGUUAUGAUAAGGAUGAGAUAACCUCUGGAUUAAGGAAAUUGUUGAGAAAGGAUAUUAUUCACUUGUUUAUUGGAUCAUCAUAUACCAAGCUUUCACACACUGCUUGCCAUCAUUUGGGUACCAGCUGGUGGUUUUUAUUUUCACCACAAUCAACAAGCAAAUGUAUAGUUCUAUUACACAGAUAUUUAAAGAAAACAUCUGUUUGUGUUAAUGCCACGACCUCGGCCAAGCCCCGGCUUAAAAAAAAAAAAAAAAAAAAAAACUUUGCUCUGUAAAUUGUUGGAUUAAAAAAAAGCCGAAGCUGUCCAGUUUGGGAGACCUGUACACAUGACCACUGCACACGAGAGCCCUCAGCACUUCCAAAUGAGGAACAAUACGUUUCUGUAUUCAUAGAUCUUGAUAAUAUUUUAGUUCAUUUCAGCUGUAAUUUUGUAUAUCUGCGGAAGUAUGAGUCUGUGGAGUAUGCUCAGCACUGCUGGGGCUCUGGUUAAAGCAUUUCAAGGAAAAAAAAAAAAGGAAAGCCCAUUCCCUUUUUGUUGGCCAAGAUUGGAAAGUUGCGCCAGCGUGAAACGAGUGAAAAAUGCUGUUAAAACUGUCAUUUAACGUUUCUUUCUUUUAUUAUUCCGUUUUAUUUUUUAACAUUACAGUGUAAUAUGUGGCACAGUAUAUUGCAACAAAAGUCAUGUUUAAUCUGCAGUCAUUUAUUUACAGUAUGUACUGAUUGAUAACUCGUAACACUGUACAAUAACCGCAGAGCAUGUUCAUUCUUAUCUAUAGACGAUGUACAUAGCAACACGCCAUUUUCUCUUCAAAGCACCAAAUAAGUGGCAGUUGUAUAGAUUUAAUUUUGAAAAGUCUCUAUUGUAACUUUGACUGGAGCGCCGCUUGGCUCUCCUUCUUAAUACAUCUUUUUUUUUUUCUUUUUUUUCCGUUUCCUGCACUAGCUUGAAGAACUAACUUGGGCUCAGACUGAUUUUUAUUUGAUUUCCGCCCCCUGCAGCGCGCUCCCUCUUUCCAGAAGUCUGUACUCAACUGCUGACAACAAGUAGCUGUUUUUAUCGUUCCAGAUUUUAAUAAUAAUAAUGAUGAUAAUAAUAACAAUGAUAACGUCUCAACAGUUUGGUAUUCUCUCUGUCUUGACAGUUACCAUAGGACUGCUUCCAUCAUGGGUUUUGUAACAUUGGUUUGCUUUAUUUACAAAAUGAAUCCUUCUCGUUCCCCCCUUCCCCCCUCUGUGCUCAAGUCUGGAUAUAUAUAUGACUGUAGUCAGUACAGUAUACAUAUAUCCAGACACGGAGGUAAAAUUGUUGUGUAUUUUUGCCUCUUUUUAUUUAAGCAGUUGUGAUGUAAUAGGUUUUAGGCCUAAGGUCUGUUAUUGCAAUACUUUUACAGAAAAGAAGAAAAAAAAUCAAAAAAUGUUGCUCUAAGUGCUGUUGUAGUCAAAGAUUUUAUGCUUGUACUUAUGCUGUAGUCAAACUGCAGCGUAAUGAAUAAAACUUUAAAAGUGA